UCAAAGUAUGAACUAUAAGUCUAUAAAUUAUGGCUAUUACAUUACACACUAUAGCGUACGAGUACAAAAUGAAUAGUGUGACAAAACCUGGAGUGAAGUGAGUUGAAACCCUUUAAAAUGAAAAAUCUUUAGGGGUCCAAGUUGAUAUUUCUCCUGAAGCCUUUCUUCUUCAAAUACCGGCAAAAAAAAAAAAAAGGAAAAAAAUAUCUGCAAAACCACAGGAAAAACACCCAAUUUUCAUCAUUUCUGCAGAAAUAAGAGGGAAGCAACAAUGGCCUUAUCCAUUUCUUCAACAUCCCAUUUAUCAAUCCCUAAAACCCCAUUUUCUCAACCCCAUAAAACCAUCCCACUUUCUCUCUCCUCAAUCUGUAUUUCCAACCUUAAACCCUUUUCAUCAAAUCCCCAGAAACUACUGCAACCCAUUGUUUGUGCUGCUGCAAAACAGCAAAGUGGGUCAUCAGUUAAAUCUUCCAAGAAAAGAAAGAAGAAGGUUCCUCCUCCUCCUGUUUCUAAAGAUUUGAGCUUGGAUGAUUUUGAUGUUUUGGAUGAAGAAGAAAGUGAAAAUGGUGGAAAUUCAAAGCGUUCAGAUGUUUAUAUUCCUCUUCCUUUGCCUAAGCCACCUGCUGGGUUUGUGAUUGAUGAUCAAGGCCGUGUUCUUAUGGUUGCCCCGAGGCGAAUUGCUACUAUUGUUGACCCAACCAAUAAUCUUCCAUUGGAGUGCAUGAUAAGGAGAGUAUUUACAAAUUUUAAAGGGGAUGAUUGUCUGCUGCUGUGCCCAGUUGAUACGCCUGUUCAGAUUUUGAAGAGCACAAAUAUUGACGGGUGGUCAGCUGUUAAUGAUGAUGAAGUUGAAGCUAUCCUUCCAAAUGCUGCUUAUGCACUUGCUAAAAUACAUAUGCAUUUGGUACAUAGUGGGUUUUGCUAUACAGCUCGUGGAGGAUUUUGCUACUCAGAAGAAAGCAUAUUUGACUUCCGAUCAGAUGAUGGGCAAGAUGUAGAAGGUGUGCCAAAUGAAGGUGUUGAGAUUACUUGUUUUCAUCUGGAUGGGACCCAUUAUAUGAUUUACACACCUUCUGAACCACUUCUUUUUGUUGCUGUCAAGGAUGAGAAUGGCCAGUUGAGAAUUGCCGAUGAUGAUAUUUUGGAUGACCCUGCUGUUGUAAGUGCAAUAGACGAAGAGACCGAAUUUAAUGCAUUAGUGGAAGAGGAAGCUGCUCUUUUGGAGACAAUGUUUGGCGAAAGAUGACUCAUGUAAAUGAGGAACGGUGUAGUGUUUUUCUGUAGGAAUAGUUUCUUCUUGUCUUUGUACAGGAAAUUUUGUUUGUAUAUUUACCCUUUGUUUAGAGAGGAAGAAAUUGUAAUGAUAUUUUUAGGGGUGUUAGUGAAAGGCUGUAGCCUGUAGGGAGUGGCAAAAAACUGCUAACAUGUUCUAUACGAAGUGUUUAUCAAUUAAUCUAUACUAAAAGCAAAUCCUUCCACGACA